AUUAAUUCUUGUUACAUUAACAAUUUAAUCUUCUAUUUUCACAUGAAAAAUAUUGUCUCAAAUAUUGCACACACCUCUAUUUGAUGUUUGUAGACUUUAGGUAAUACUAUAUUCUUAGGAGUUGAGAAAAAAAGAAAAAUGGUUGGUAGUGUUCAUAGUUGUUCCUCCAGGCUGGACAAUGUUCAUAGUAACAGAGGACCGAAUUUUGAUCCCAAAGUAACAUUAACAGCAUGAGCAUCAUCGACAUUCUAACCCGAGUUGAUUCAAUUUGUCUAAAGUACGACAGAUACGACGUCGUUAAGCAAGAUGAUUCCACUAACUCCGCCGAUGACGCUUUCGUCAAACUCUACGCCGUCGUCGACGCAAACAUCGAUGCCGCUAUUCAGAAAGCAGAAACCGCUUCCAAGGAGAAAAAUAGGGCUUCAACUGUAGCGAUCAAUGCUGAGAUUCGUCGCACUAAGGCUAGGUUACUGGACGAGAUCCCUAAGUUGCAGAGAUUGGCCAUAAAAAAGGAAAAUGGGCUUUCGUCGCAAGAAUUGGCGGUCCGUAAUGAUUUGGUUCUUGCAUUGCCGGAGAGGAUCCAAGCAAUCCCAGAUGGGACCCCUGCCACACCCAAACAAACUGGAGGUUGGGGAGCUUCUGCCUCACGUCCUGAAAUUAAAUUUGAUUCAGAUGGUCGAUUCGAUGAUGGGUACUUUCAACAAACUGAAGAAUCAAGUGGGUUUAGGCAGGAGUAUAAAAUGCGUAAAAUGAAACAGGAUUAAGGUUUGGAUGUGAUCGCAGAAGGAUUAGAUACUUUGAACAUGGCACACGAUAUGAACGAGGAAAUGGAUAGGCAAGUUCCACUGAUGGAUGAGAUUGAUACUUAGGCAUCCUCUGAUCUUAAGAAUACCAAUGUUAGACUUAAAGACACAAUUAUUCAGCUUCGAUCCAGUCGAAACUUUUGCAUCGAUAUUGUUUUGUUGAUUAUAAUUUUGGGAAUUGCUGCAUAUUAGUAAGGCUCCUUUCUCUCUUCUAGAACUCGAAAAAUAUGCCAAAACCUCUCCUUUCUUGUUGAUUUCUAGUCCAGUUCGUAUUCUAUUACUGCCACAUGUUCUUCUUUUCUACUUGAAAAUUGGAAAUGUGGGUGUGUGUACGAAUCUGCUUAAUUGUGAAAAACUAAAGGUCCAUGUUUAACUUUUUUUCCCUCUUAAGACUUUAAAAUGUCAAACUUCAUUUAGUGGCUUUAAGCUGUAUCUGAAGUUAGAAAUUAGGCGAGUGAUUUCUUAACCAAAGCAUUAAUGUCUUUGUUAGGUUGGUUUACUGGCUACAGACAUAAAAAAAAUUAAUGAGAGGGAUUAUAAAUCUACUGAUUUGUUAGCCUUUUGGGUUAUCUAUGUAUUCUCCAUGUCUUACCUCGUAUUCUCUCUUUUAAAUACUUAAAAUAAAAGUUAAAACUGCUGUAUGAAUCUGUUUUCAAAUGCAAUGUUGUUGAAAUACAGUGUCAUGUUUACACUUGAGAUAUGGAUCUUAUUAUCAAUUUGAGGCAUUGUUAAUGAAAUCUUCAAACUUCUGAAGUGGGCAAGUGGUAGCUUUUUGUCUCUUUCGCGUGGUAUGACCUUUAAUAUUAUAGCAUGUUCUAGGUGGUGCUUACUAUUACCAGUCUAGUCUUGUAUGUUUCGUUUUUGCUUUGAGAAAUAUGAAAUAUCAUUCUGACUUGCUGUGCUUUUGUUGCAGCGUGCUAAAGAAAUGAUAUGACAUACAAGGCUAUUGUAUUUAUUCUUUUGGCUUACAAGUAUUUCUUGUAUUUUCUUGAGAAUAUCGUCUGAUUUUUAUAAAAAAAUAUAUUGGUGUGAAGCUGUGAAUUUUUCCUUCCACUUGAGA